GCAAUUUCUUGUUUUAUCAGCACACAAGAAUAGCUGGUACAAUGCGAAGCUCACAUCUUGUUUGCGUCCUUCCUUGUAAUAGUUCUCUGAUCUGAAUUCUCGUUUACUUUAUCUAUGCUGAUGAAAUCAACGAAAAAAUAAGUCACCGAAGAGCCACCAUGUCGAAGCAUUUUCACUAAGAAACUGGACGCUGCGAAAAAAAAAAGUUUUUUUUUUUUUUUUUACAAAAUCACAAAGGAAAAUGCGAGUACAAAGAAAAUGAUGAAGCAUUUCGUAGCAUACUUAAAACCAGAUGUGUCACAAAUUCAUUACAAGUAACGCGACCUGCGCGGAACGCAGCGUUGAGUGCCGUUACACACACAAACGCGCUCUCAGCAAUACGUGCGAAUCAAUUUUGACGAGGAAUCACCAACUCAGAAUGCCGUGGCACGAGCCGCAACUCGGCGCAAAAUGGCAUAUAACACUACUUCCACGUUUCUUGCUUUCGCACCGUUUAGCCCUCGCUCAACAAGCUCGUAAACCAACUGCCGCUCAUUCAAAAGCGCGGGGCGCUGCUCCACCUCCGAUUAGCCUCGCACUCUCCACCUUCGCAAUCAACUCUUCCUCCUCAUUCAUCCGGCAGCAGGGCGGCUUUUCCACUCGGCUCGAGGCCCGUACGGCGCAGGCCGCUGCUUCGGACGUAAUUUGCGCGCACGCAAGCACACACACACACCGAACUGUGAAAGCAGAAAACGGUUGUCCUGCUCCGACGAGCUCACUCACACAGCCCCGCGGCACACGCUCUGGCGACGAGGCGCGGCUUCUCUUCCACCUGGCGGCGAACACAAAGUUCUUUUCGCGCGCAGUCGCUCACACACACACGCGGAGCAGAGCAGCCUGCGUGGCGCCGGCGAGCAACCGGUCUUACGUGUGCGGGCCGCCGCUCAGCGAAGGCCUCUUUGUGCCCUCCUCCUCCUCCCUCGCUCUUCUUCCUCUUCAUCACUCACAGCCUCUCCACUGGGCGACCAAACUUCGUCCGGCCGGCUCGGCCGAGGCACCGCACUCAGCGCGCUGACCACGGCUGCGAGCGGUUGCGCGCGCCACCAACUCUUCUCCGUCCACGCGCGUCGCCGACGACGCUGCCGCUGCCUGCGCCAGCGCGCGCCUCUCUCGCGUCAGUCAGUCCUCUCCGGCGUGCUUGGCUAGAAGGCAGUUUCUUGACGUCCGUCGACGCCGCACCGCGUCGUUAUCGCCGCCCUCCUGACGGGACGCCGCGUGUCGGAACUCGAAGACCCUCGCGCUCGCUCACCUCUUCCUCGACACUUUGCGGCGUUCGCCGUUCUCUUGGGCUACGUCGAAAGGCCGCUGUCUUUUGAAUUGCGUGGCGUAAUACUUUUUUUUCAAGCGCAGCGGGUGAAUCCAAACCCAUUAAGUAUGAUCGGAGAUUGAAGAAGGCUUGGACGUUGUUUUUGUUUAGCGGAGCUUUGUGCCGCGGAGUCGUCGUGCAUCUUUUCACCGGUCCCGCCGGCGAUUGGCUUCGUGAUGAAACCAAGGAGUGAUGUGACCCGAGUGUUGCCCUAACAGACCGUCCCAGGGCUUUCUGUUGAUGAUUUUUUUUUUCGAUCGGCCAUUUCGUCUCUGUGCUCGUGAGAGUGCCUCGGUUCUUUGUCCCCCGACUGAACUUGUAAGACCGUGAAGUGUUGCUGUCAAACGGAAGAUCUGGAGCAGUGGUGACGCGAAGUGCAGUUCGUGUGCUGGUGAAGGGUACUCCGUUCUCGAAGUAAUUUUUGUUGUAUUUAUACAUUUUUUUUUCGGAACACCAGUUUGGAGAUCAUCGAUCAAGUGCCUGCGCGGGGAUUCCGUCGACCAAGUGCGUGCACUGGAGUUACGUUGUUUUGCCAAUUCGACGGUGUGAAUUUAUUUAUUCUCAUCUUCGUUAUUUUUAAUUUUUAUCCCGCUUUAAAACCUUUUUAUCUUCGUAAACACCGAACAACCACGACGAAGUGCAGCGGCUCCAUACCUGUGGGUCUUCCUUCAGCGCCAAUCUAUUUCGGAGAAGCGAGUGACGCCACCGUCUCAAGCAGGGAAGCCAGUGAAAGCCUGUGGGGCACGUGCCCAACUUCCACGCCGACAACUCUAACCGCUGCGCCCACAUCUCUACGAGGACUGUGAGGGCGUACCAGCGUACUGUCCUGCCCGCCCAGCUGCAUCCGAAUCCGUAGUCGUAGCCACCGGAGCAGGCGGAGGCCAAAUGAAGAGCCACACCGUGCGUAGCCGGGGCGUUCAUCCAUGAAUCGGCUCUACAGCGUGCUCAGCAACUUCCAGCAGCAACCUGUCACCAGCCACCGAAUACUGGUGCCCGGGGAGCGGUUGCCGAGCGGGUUCACCAAUGCGAGCUCCUCGGCGGCCAUGCAGCCUUCGUCCGCAAGCACCCUGGGCUCGAUCGCGAGCGUUUUUCCAACGCUCGAGGCGGCGGCCAACAACACGACGGCUGCGCUUCAGGAGGCGGCCGUGCCUUCUUCGGGACACCCAUUGGACAGUUGGGACCUUUCGUGCCGCUACAUCAUCGGCACGUUUUUAUUGAUUAUCAUCUUGACCGCCAUCACGGGCAACAUCCUCGUCUGCCUCGCCAUCUACACGGACCGGCGGCUUCGCAAGCUGGGCAACCUUUUUCUCGUCUCCUUGGCCGUGGCCGACCUGCUGGUCUCGUCGCUGGUCAUGACCUUCGCCGUCAUCAACGACCUCAUGGGCUACUGGGCGUUCGGGCCGCAAUUCUGCGACAUCUGGAUCGCCUUCGACGUCAUGUGCAGCACGGCGUCCAUCUUGAACCUGUGCGCCAUCAGCAUGGAUCGGUUCCUGCACAUCAAGGACCCCCUGGGCUACGGUCGCUGGAUGACAAAGCGUGCCGUCCUCGGGACCAUAUGCGGAAUCUGGAUGCUUUCGGCACUCCUGUCGUUCCUGCCCAUCUCACUCGGCUGGCACCGGCCUUACCCUGACUCGCUGCUCGUCGUAAACGGUCUCACCAUGUGCGCGUUGGACCUGACCCCCGAGUACGCCGUCACGUCAUCGCUCAUCAGCUUCUACAUGCCGUGCAUCGUCAUGGUGGCACUGUACGCCCGCCUCUACCUGUACGCGCGCCGGCACGUGCAGAACAUCCGCGCCGUCACCAAGCCAUGCGUGGUGAACAACAAAGACCCCGGCAGUCCGACCAAGUUCCGCGCCAUCGGCGGCCAGUCUUCCCUGCACGUGAUGGACCACAAGGCUGCCAUCACGCUCGGGAUCAUCGUCGGCGUGUUCCUGUGCUGCUGGGUUCCCUUCUUCUGCGCCAACAUCGUGGCCGCCUUCUGUAAGACGUGCAUCUCCGAGGAGUGCUUCAAGUUCCUCACCUGGCUCGGCUACCUCAACUCGGCGCUUAACCCCAUCAUCUACAGCAUCUUCAACACCGAGUUCCGCGACGCCUUCCGGCGGGUCAUCACGGCACAUGCGUGCUGCAAGGCGCUCGCCGAGCGUGCCCGAGCGCCCAGCGACCUGUCGUACCGCACCAAGCGGAGCACCAUCUGCGAGACCCCGCGCGCCAACAGCCUGGCGGCGGUCAACUGCCGCCACAACAACGUGGCGGCCGCCAGCGAGCGUAUCUCGCUCCGGGCUGAGGUCGACACUCGGGUCGAGAUCAGCAUCAAGAGCAUCGGCGAAAUAUCGGACAUAUAGCAGUGACGCACCCGAGAGCUGGCGCACCACGCCGUAUAACGUUGUCCUCGUAUAACGACCACCACCCGCCUUCGAACGCGCCCGUCAGACCUGUCUGCCGGAGGAAUUUCGACGACGCCUUUCACGAUGGGCGAGGACGUCUGUACGCCUUCUGGCCGAUGCUUGAACCUACGGAUGAACUGUAGGCCACGCCAUGGCAGCGCCGCGAACGGCGUUCACAGGCCACUACUUAUAUGAGCCGAGCAGAGUGUUAUGUCUGCACCCUUAAUUUAUUCCACGGGCCACACGUGCGGGGACCGGGAGGGCCUGCAUUCGCCAUACUACCUCAUCAUUUUGUGCACCGCCACCUUCUUCUUGAGGAGGAUGGACGUGGUCCUCCGAUCGACUCGCAACUCAGCCUCGCAACUCAGUGCCAUCUUGUGCUGGACUGGCUUAUUGCAACAUGUGCGUUAGUUGUGAGAGAACUUACUCCUUGAUCAGAACUACGCUCAGCAGAGGACGAUGACCGUGAGUUACUACUCUUCGGCAAAAGGCGUUGGUUGGCGCAAGAUACUACAAAUGGCUGCUCGGCAGUGUCAAUAAGUGCUGCUCAUGAGAACAGCAUCUCUCGGUGAAGUGCAUACCAUGCGGUGAACAUUCCGCUUGGCUUGACUGCUGUCAUCCAGCGAUAGCAAUGUGCCCCCUUUAGACGAAUCGCGUUUUCGUCAAAAUCAGCGCCUUUCUUCGGCGAAAUGUAUACUGUCCUAGUCGGCUGAUUGCGCACAAACGCGCGCGCGCACACUUAAUACACCCCCGGUCACAGGCGGCCCAGUUUUCUUGAGAGCCCCCCGACAAUCGGUCACACGAGCCUGAAUCACACGUACGGGCAUCACACGGAAACGGAGACGUACAGAAAUCUAUACAGGACAGCUGGGAACGACACCGUCGCGUUCGCAGAGUUGUGCCUACUCAGCGACGAGUUUCAAGCCGCCAAAUGCCUUGUUCCCCGUCAGCUUCCUUCUGUCUUCGACACAAGCCACUUCCUGUGCGCUACAAGUGAGCGUCUUCAAGUGUAGCGCAAGUGUUCCAUGUACGCAGCACGGACGCGCAGCGCUAGUAAAUUCGCUCGUUACUCGCCUAAGCAGAACUCGUCAUCGCGCUAGACACCGACCACUUGCUUAUACCUACCGUACCGUGAAGAUCAUAACUAUAAGUACAGCCGUGGUAGGAUCGACGUUAGGUGCAGGUGCACUAAAUUGAAGAUCCUAACGAAAACCAUCCCACGAAACAGGUCUAAAAUAGACCGAAACGAAUUUACUGCCGUAAAACGGAACAAACAUUGGCCCCUUGACAGAACAGAACGAACUUUGUUGCGACGGCUAGCAUAACCUCGAUGGGUUAGGUCUUCCUCUCCUUUGCGGUCCGUCCGAAGAGAGCAGGGGCCGCAUUCUGCAACGAUUUUUUUUUUCGGCGUAUUGCCUUCGCUCAAUGCCUUGAGUGUAUUCGGUUCAAAGCUACGAUUUCAAAGACAGAACAAAAAGAAACGUGAGUGUAAAGGCGAAGACCGGUUUUUGGCCGCGCUUAGGGCCGCUAUCUUGUACGCGUUCAAAAAGCCGACGUUCGGUUUCGCCUCACGCGAUUGGCCUACAUUGGCCUAGGCCUCAUUAUCUACGUGUCCUGGGCAAUAGCAUGAGACUAAACCGGGCGUCGGCUUUUCGAACGCGUACAAGAUAGCGGCCCAGGUGGCCAACAGCAAGCUUAUAUACACGAUGGAAAGAGCCCACACCUGGGCCACUUUCCGUCUGCGUUGUUUUCGCAUUUCAUAACUAUCGGGCGCAUUUGAAUGACGCGUAACAGAAAGCAGGCAUCGCAUUCCACACUGCAUAAUGCGAAAGCAUCGCCAAAUUAAAUAGUUUCAGAACGCGGCCCAUGUUUCAUUGCUUCAUAUUACGCAUGUCAUGGAGUAGUAACAGGUGACGUCACUGGAGUGUUGGUUUCCGCCAGCCGUUGCUUGCGAAAGGAACCCUCGUGCUUAGAGGAAAGAAAGAAGGGACCUCGUGAUGUCACCUCAUGUGACGUCAUGGCUUGUGACUUCACGCCGCCAUCCAACCUAGGAAACUUUUCCGUAGCUGUAGCCUCUAACCUUUGACCGUCCCAGCAUGCACUCCUCCUCUCACUUUCUGUCUCCUCUCGUCUGCAUCAGCAGGCCAAUACCGGCCAUUCCUGGCGCUCAGACUCGCCGCCACUGCGCACUACUCGUAAGCAUAGUUUGAGGUACUAUAACGUCGAGGCUAACGCUGCGCGUUCUGAAAGUGAGUUCGUAGUCGUAAAACGUCACUUCCACCAGGCAUUUUUGUAAGCAGUUCGCACAAGAUAUCCGCUAGCUUCUUUUCUCUUCCCCUAUGCCCUCGAGCGAAAUGACGGUGCCUAGCGCGUUCGGCAGUUCUGUUCUCUACUUCGAGGCGACAGCGGGCGAGGCUGCUUCGUGUUUCUGUGUUGUGCGUGUGUGUAAUGGGGUCGCGCGAGGCCCGUCCUAUAUGUACAUAUUAUACUAUACGAAUAGCAUGUGUAGUCAGUGUUUCUUGUCAGGAGAGGACCCCCCCCCCCCCCCCCCCAAUCACGCGAGCCACUGUGUCCCUCCUUUCUUGGCUCGCGACCGUUCACUCGUCACGAGAUGAGACUGCGGAGAAUCAAGUGACUUUCUUCGUUCUCUCCCAGCAGAGUGACAACUCUACUCGUAGAAAGUAAUCUCAAUCGGACAAGUGAAGCGUCCUUGGACCUAAUAAACGGAUUGCCUGUUUUUGUUAA